AUGGGCUGUUUGCUACUGCUACUGCUUCUCUUCGUAAGAACUAUAGAUGGAGGUGCAAGUGCUUCGUGCCUCAGCAGUCAAGCUUCCAUUCUGCUGAGUAUCAAGGAGAAUCUCCACCUAUCCUAUGGAAGGCUAAGUUCAUGGGGUGGAAAUGAGUCUGACUGCUGCUUAUGGGAGGGAGUUGAGUGUGAUCCCCACACUGGACACAUCAUUGGCCUUGAACUUCCUGGUAAAGCUACCAUUGAUAACAGUGAUAUUGCAGGAUCGAGAAUACCUCCGGCUCUUUUUGAUCUCCACCAGCUCCAACACCUUGACCUCAGUGGUUGUGACUUCAAUAUGUCUACCAUACCUUCACAACUCGCUCAGCUCAGCCACUUGACUCAUCUCAAUCUAUCAUGGGCUUGGUUUUCAGGGAAGGUACCAGACGAGAUUUCAAGCUUGUCUAAUUUGGUUGCUUUAGACCUUUCUUAUACUACCGGCCUCUUGGAAAUACAAGAUCUGGUAGGCUUCGUGAAGAACUUUAAGCAAUUAAAGUACCUCCACAUGGAUUAUGUCAGAUUCAAUCUCAGCAACUUGCAAGAGUGGGGUGCCAACUUAGCAUUGGCAUUGCCCAAUCUACGGUCCCUUAGUUUAGCAUUUUGUGAUCUUGAAGGAAUCCUCACUCCACAUAUUUUCAAGCUCCCACAUCUUCAAGCUCUUGAUCUAUCAAACAAUAAUUUUCAUGGGGAAUUAAUGCCGUUAUUUUUUCCCCCAGAGAGCAAGCUUCAAUCCUUACAUCUACAAGGUAAUGACUUGUCUGGUCACCUACCAAAUGAAAUUUUUAGACUUCCUCUCUUGAAGGUUCUAGAUGUGGGAUACAAUGAGUUAUUGAGGGUUUCAUUACCUACCAAAUUACCAAUGAGUAGGCUCGAAAUUCUUAAUCUUGGUGGCAUUGAGUUCUUAGGAGACCUUCUUCGUGUUUGGAUUGUUAAUUUGACAUCCUUAGUAGAGCUAGAACUUUCUAAUACCAAUCUGUCAGGCAGUCUUCCUUUCUCAAUAGCAAACCUUGCAGAUUUAACUCACCUGGAUCUAAGUCAGACUAGAUUGUCAGGUUGCAUAGACACCUUAUUACUUCAAAAAGCUUCAGUUAUUGUCACUUUCUGGAAAAAACUUGACAGUAGGCAUUGA